CCUAUAUGAUUCCGAACGAACGCCAUUUGAAUUUCGCUCUACAAUUUCCAAGUUCAAAUUUUCAAAACUCUGCCUCGGCAGCGGGCCACUGUCUGCGUGUUAUUAUACAGCCAUGGAACGAUCGUCGCUCCUCGAUAUAGCUGAGGAUUCGAAGUCGAUGACAAUCGAUGAUUGCUAAACACAAAGUCCUAUAUCGAUCUCGUUUUUUGACUUUGGCAACCACGAUUCGUUUGUAAAAACUAUAUCGUAAAGUUUGUUUUUGCUGGAUAAGAAGGUGCACGGUGGAAAAUUGAGUAUCGUGACAAAUCGCAUCGUUUGAACAAAAACGGAGACUUCUGCUGGUCCUAUUCGCCUUUCGACUGUGAGUAAAGAACGCAAUAUAAGUUCAAAGAAAUAAAAGAGAGCGAAGGAAUCGAAAUAUAUUCUCUCGUCUCCGUCCGCCUCUUCGACGACAUAUUCAAUUUUAAGAGAACUUUGAAAUUCGAAGAUAGAAAGAAAGAAAAUUAAUUUACCUAAGGAAGGAUGCUCGGUCGAUUAAAAAACAGCUACAGACGCAAUAAAAACGAAACUGAGGAAUCAGUUGUCAAAAACGGAAAAAUGCCUGUGGAAAGUAUCAAAAAGGAGUUGCUGGAAGAUGACAGCAUGGAUGUUGAUGAUAACAACAUGAAUGAUUCCGUUGAUUCUCAAGUAGAGGAAGAGGAACAUGAUGCCAUGCAAGUUUUUGGACCAGCUGCAUUGGGCUUGCAAAGAGUUGGCACGGAACCACCACCUAAACCUAAACCUGCUCAGCAACCUAAGCAAGUUUUAAAUGCUAGAGGUAUGCCUGCUAGAAUAAGAAAAAAGAACAGACUGUUCUAUGAUGAUGCUUUGGUAAAUCAUCCUCAUCAUAGAGUCAAGAAAGAUCCAGAUACAACGCCUGUUAAACCAUCACCAAAAAAACAGGUUCGUCCAUCUCCACUUAAAAGACAUACCCGAUUGUCCAACCAAAAAAAAUCAGUGUCAACACCUUCAACGCCUGUGACAAAACCAAUCAAAAUUGUAUUACCUACAACUUUUGAAAAAAGACACCCUCUACAACCUUCAUCACCAGAUAGAAAAAUUGGGCAAAAGAUUGGUAUGAGAUUACGAAAUCUUUUAAAAUUACCUAAAGCACAUAAAUGGGUCUGCUACGAAUGGUUUUACAGUAACAUUGAUAAAACACUUUUUGAGGGCGACAAUGAUUUUCUAAUAUGUUUGAACGAGUCCUUUCCACAAUUGAAGACUCAUAAAUUAACUCGAACUGAGUGGGGUCAAGUGAGGCGUAUGAUGGGUAAACCUCGAAGGUGUUCACAAGCUUUCUUUGAAGAAGAAAGAAAAGAAUUAGAUAAAAAAAGACAAAAAAUUCGAUUGAUUCAGCAGCGAAAAACAGCUGACUCUAUGAUUUUGAAAGAUUUACCAAGUGAAAUUCCCUUACAAUUGGUAAUAGGAACUAAGGUUACUGCUAGACUCAGAAAACCACAAGAUGGACUUUUCACUGGUGUAAUUGACGCAGUAGACACAAGUAAUAAUACAUAUAGAAUUACAUUUGAUAGAGCUGGAUUAGGAACACACAGUGUACCUGACUAUGAAGUUCUUUCUAAUGAUCCUCCAGAAACAAUUAGUAGAUCAUCAAUCUCACAUAAGUUCAGACCUCGUAGUGUUCAGCAAUUUGCUAAUUCAUCAGCUUAUGCUAUGAAAAUGGGAUCUCCACGACUUCAUAACGACCCGUUAAUAUCAAAUGCCACAAUUACAAAGAAAAUGCAUGCAGGAGAAGCUAACAACAGCUAUCCAGUAAAAUUGUUAGAAAAUAUGGUAAAAGUAGGAAAAAUUAUAGCUAUAAAAAAAAUUAAAAUCAAACAUUUGAAAGAUUUGAAUAGUGAAGCUGAAAGAAAAAAAUCUGUUGGAGAAAAUUUACCUUCAGAUUUUGAAAGAAAAUAUGCUGGUAUUGUUGUGGAGUUGGAAAGAAUGAAUACUGAUUUGCAAGAAUUACUAAAUGAGAUACAAGAUAUGUGCAGAGAAAUAGCUCCAGAAUCAAGUGUAGCUGCAAUGUUAGCUCCUUCACAUUUAAGAGAAAAAUGUAGACAUGAAGCAUCUGAAAUGGUUGCUAAAAAUAAUAUGGUCAAUGAAAGUCCUCAAACAAGCUUGCAACAACUCGUUAUCGAUUUGACAGCAUUAAUGCUACAAGUUAAAUGUUUAUCUGAUUCCGACAAAAAUGCUUACGAACUAAAAGUGUUACAAGGAACUAUGGAACAAAUCAAAGCUAAACUUUCACCAAGCAAUAAACAAGUUUUUCAAAACAACGUUGAAAUACAUAUGCAGCACAUUCAGUUGGGUCUAGGACAAGUUGGCGUUUUAACACCAUUCAUGACUCAAAAAAUCUAAUAAGCUGAACAUUCGAAAGUAGUAUUUAAAAGAAUGAACGCUCAAUAUUCUCUUUUUGCAUGAAGAUAUAUUUUUAGCUUCAUUCUUUGUGGAUAUUAUUGGAAUAAUGUUAUUUUUGAAAAAAUUUAGAACAUUUAUGCAGAAGUUUAGGCAAUCCAUUUGUAUAUUUAAGGUUUUUUUGUACAUACAGAUCAAAGUUUGCUUAAGUUGCAAAUCAACUUACGCAAUGAAUAUA